CCUCUAACAGCACUUACCGUGGGCACAUUUCGAAUUCGGAAGCAAGUGGCUCCCUUGUUGAAUUUGACGUCAAAAAGAAUCGGAAGCAUUAAUUUUACUGUCUUGUAAGCCGUUGCAGCAUCAGUUUUAUUCAAAAUGUUCCGUUUACCCGUUUCUCUGGCCCGCACCUCCAUCAGCCGCCAGCUGGCCAUGCGCGGCUAUGCCAAGGAUGUCAAGUUCGGACCCGAGGUGCGCGCCAUGAUGCUCCAGGGCGUGGAUGUUCUGGCCGAUGCCGUGGCCGUCACCAUGGGUCCCAAGGGCCGUAACGUGAUCAUCGAGCAGUCGUGGGGCUCGCCCAAGAUCACCAAGGACGGUGUCACCGUCGCCAAGUCCAUUGAGCUGAAGGACAAGUUCCAGAACAUUGGCGCCAAGCUCGUCCAGGAUGUGGCCAACAAUACCAACGAGGAGGCUGGUGACGGCACCACCACUGCCACCGUACUGGCCCGCGCCAUUGCCAAGGAGGGCUUCGAGAAGAUCUCCAAGGGCGCCAAUCCCGUCGAGAUUCGUCGCGGUGUCAUGCUGGCCGUGGAGACUGUCAAGGACAACCUCAAGACCAUGUCGCGCCCCGUCAAGACGCCCGAGGAGAUCGCCCAGGUGGCCACCAUCUCGGCCAACGGCGACCAGGCCAUCGGCAAGCUGAUCAGCGACGCCAUGAAGAAGGUGGGACGCGACGGCGUCAUCACCGUCAAGGACGGCAAGACCCUCACCGACGAGCUGGAGGUGAUCGAGGGCAUGAAGUUCGAUCGCGGCUACAUCUCGCCCUACUUCAUCAACUCGACCAAGGGCGCCAAGGUCGAGUUCCAGGACGCCCUGCUGCUGCUCUCCGAGAAGAAGAUCUCGUCGGUGCAGAGCAUCAUUCCCGCCCUGGAGCUGGCCAAUGCCCAGCGCAAGCCCCUGGUCAUCAUUGCCGAGGACAUCGAUGGCGAGGCUCUCAGCACACUGGUGGUGAACCGUCUCAAGAUCGGCCUGCAGGUGGCCGCCGUCAAGGCGCCCGGAUUCGGUGACAACCGCAAGAGCACCCUCACCGACAUGGCCAUCGCCUCCGGCGGUAUUGUCUUCGGCGAUGAUGCCGAUUUGGUCAAGCUGGAGGACGUAAAGAUCUCCGACCUGGGCCAGGUGGGCGAAGUGGUGGUCACCAAGGACGACACCCUGCUGCUGAAGGGCAAGGGCAAGAAGGAGGAUGUGUCGCGUCGCGUCGACCAGAUCAAGGAUCAGAUCACCGAGACCACAUCCGAGUACGAAAAGGAGAAGCUGCAGGAGCGUCUUGCCCGCCUGGCCUCCGGUGUUGCCCUGCUGCGCGUCGGUGGCUCCAGCGAGGUGGAGGUCAACGAGAAGAAGGACCGCGUCCACGAUGCCCUGAACGCUACCCGGGCUGCCGUCGAGGAGGGAAUCGUUCCCGGAGGCGGCACUGCUCUGCUGCGCUGCAUCGAGAAGCUGGAUAGCGUCGAGACCCAGAACGAGGACCAGAACCUUGGUGUGGAGAUCGUGCGCCGUGCCCUGCGCAUGCCCUGCAUGACGAUUGCCAAGAACGCCGGUGUCGAUGGCGCCAUGGUGGUGGCCAAGGUGGAGACCCAGCAGGGCGACUACGGCUACGAUGCCCUGAAGGGCGAAUACGGCAACCUGAUCGAGAAGGGCAUCAUCGAUCCCACCAAGGUGGUGCGCACUGCCAUCACCGAUGCCUCUGGUGUCGCCUCUCUGCUGACCACCGCCGAGGCCGUUGUCACCGAGAUCCCCAAGGAGGAUGCUGGUCCGGGACUGGGCGGCAUGGGUGGAAUGGGCGGUAUGGGUGGUAUGGGCGGCAUGGGUGGCAUGAUGUAAGCCACUCCCAAUGACGAUUCUGUUUAAGCCACCAUGUUGACAAGAGCGGCGUGACGGAGAACCAAAACGUACGCAGCUAACCAACCUACCCACAUCCAUCCAACUAGUCGCGGCGAGCCAUCACCAAUAUCUCUUACGUCGGUGCAUCCAGCCAGCCUCCUCCUCCUACCCCCUCCCCCACAUAUACAUUCUAAUCCUUGAUGGAACAUGAUCCUGCUUCGCAUUUAUCCCUCGUUUUUUUGCCUUGGAAGCAGGACGCACUUCACACACACAUCGAACUAAACAGGCACAUCUGGAUGAGCGCUCGCCAAGAUCAGGCUGCGUCCGUCUUCCCCGCAUUCGCGUCCUCCGCUCCAUGGUGCUUUACGUUUUUUUUUAACUAUUCCUUAAUUCUACUUUUUACAUGUUAUAUAUGUAAAGCUACCGUUAGUUGUAAAAUAUAAAAUAAAAAUAAAAGUUACUUUGAGGACUAAA